AUGUUAUCAUCUUCAAGACCAACUGUUAAUGAUAAUCAUUUGAAAUUAUCAUCAAUUAAUCUAAUUCAACAUCAACGUGGUGCUGAGUCAUUAUUAAAACCAAUUAAUGAAGAAGAAAUUAGUCGUUUGAUGCGAGAAUAUUUAAAGAACGAUUCAAUGCAGAAGAAAAUUAUUGAAAUAGUCAAAAAUAAUGAUGAUGACGUUGGAAAGUCACAGAAACGUUUAUAA